AUGAAAGCUAAAGUCCCAAAGGACUUCAAAGCCCCUGACCUGACUCCCUACGAUGGUAUGUCCGACCUAAGUCAUCAUCUUAGCAACUUCGGGAGCCGAAUGUACCUCACAGAUGCCUCAGAUGCAACUCGUUGCAAAGCUUUCCCAACGACCUUGACCAAAAUAGUAAUAAAGUGGUUCGACAGCUUGCCGCCUAGGACGAUUACGAGCUUCGAUGACCUUGCCAAGAAGUUCCAGGCUAGGUUCUCCAUCCAGAAGGAUAAAACCAAGCACACUCCAAGCCUGCUAGGGAUUAAACAAGAAGAUCGGGAGAACCUCCGCAGUUAUAUGAAAAGAUUCAAUAAAGCCUACCUUGACAUACAGAAUUUCCUUACAGAAGCAGCAAUUAUGGGACUUAUCAAUGGUCUGUGA